AGUGAAGGUGUAGAUGGAAGAAAAGAGAAGAACCAGCUCAAAAAGCCUCUUUCAUACAGGAAGUCAGUACUUCUGCUUUUGUGGUGUUCGAUGCUGCGUUGCACACCAAGUUGAAACUGUUCCUCUCCCCUCCCUGACACUCUCACCGCUGCAGUCAACCUAACGUGUGUGUGUGUGGAGACGCCCUUCCCUGCCUUUAGGUAUCUGGGCGUAGUUUAUUUGUCUGCUGGACGGUUGAUGAAGAAGGAGAUACAGAGGUACAAAGAAGGAGAGUGCUGAGGUUGUUCUAACUUGGGGAAAGAUGCUGUCCCGACCACGCUGUCUCUCGAGAAGGCAUGAGGCACAGGCAGAAAGCGAUGCUGGCUCUACAUGGAGAUUGUAAUGAACUGGUGGUCUUCAGCUAAGGAUCAGGAAGACAAUAGCGCAGGAGUUACCAUUUCAUGCACUGGAGCUAGAGUUGACUGGAUUUUUCAACACGGUUGUUCGCUGGCUUUUCAGAUUUUAAGAAGUGAAGAUAUCGGACUUGGGUGACAGUUGACAUCAGCAAGGACUUUUGCUCCAUUUUUAAAUGGAGAACUUUACUCAGUAGUGGUUGUUUGGAACCCCUAUGACUUACAGUUGUACCAUUUGCGAUAGUUCCCACUUUGAAGACACUGAAGGACCUUUCAGAACUAUCCAUCCAUCAGACAACUUUAUUAUCAUUGGUAUUACAGGUUCAAAGCCAAGGCUAACCUAAUCUAACCUAACCUAUUAUUUAAACGGAGGAUCACUUCAGACUCAGUUUGGGAUUAGGAGCUGUGCAGGGUAGGAUUGUCUUCUCCGUUCUUCUCGGAUUGUUUUUCUCAGCUGAUUGAACAAAAAAACUCCAGAGUGACCCUUAUUCUCAGCAGGAGUUCAGUCUCAGCUAUACAGUAGAAUUUCUUCAUUUGGUUGUUGGAUCAAGUGUCCUUCCUGGAUUUCCUGUUGAGGGUGGUUAUGGGUAACGCUGCGGGUGGCCUGGAGCAAGCCGAUGGCCCGGAGACUCGGAGCUCCACCAGUGGCCUCGCCGUGGUUACCGGGGUUACCCCCACUGCCACCGUGAGGAAGAAAGCGGCUGCCCCCCCGAAACUGCCCAUACCUCCUGACGAUGAGCUCGAGGAGAGAUUCAACGUGGUGCUGAGCUCCAUGAACCUGCCGCCAGACAAGAUGAAGCUACUUAGUCAGUACGACAGCGAGAAGAAGUGGGAGCUGGUGUGCGAUCAGGAGCGCUUUCAGGUGAAGAACCCUCCCUCAGCCUACCUGAACAAGAUCCGAGCCUUCUACCAGGACCAGGGCGGAGUGGCCCGGAGAUUUAAGAAGCGGGUCCAGGAGUCCACUCAGGUUCUGAGAGAGCUGGAGAUCUCCCUGCGCACCAAUCACAUCGGGUGGGCUCAAGAGUUUCUCAGUGAAGAAAAUCAUGGCCUUGAUGUACUGGUAGACUUCUUGUCCUUUGCCCAGUGUGACAUGCCGUGUGAUAUGGAGGCUUUAGAGAACGGUGGCUCCGGGUCCGAGAGGACGCGAUCGGUGGAUCGCUCGGUGGAGGAUCUGGCCAAGAGCUCUGGCAACUCCACCACGCAUGGCAUGACCCGCGCUGCCCGUGCCCUCACCAUACGCGUCAGUGCCCAACUGAGUUCGCUGACCAAUAGCAGGAAGACGGUGAAGAUUUCUCGUCUGGCCACACAGAGGGAGGAUGUCCAUGUCUGUAUCAUGUGUCUCCGUGCAAUCAUGAACUACCAGUCUGGAUUCAAUCUGGUGAUGACGCACCCUCGCUGUGUAAAUGAGAUCACACUCAGCCUCAACAGCAAGAACCCCAGAACUAAAGCUCUGGUGCUGGAGCUGCUGGCUGCUGUGUGUCUGGUGAGAGGAGGGCAUGACAUCAUCAUUUCAGCGUUCGACAACUUCAAGGAGGUGUGUGGGGAGAGAAAUCGAUUUGAGAAACUGAUGGAAUACUUCAGAAAUGACGACAGUAACAUUGACUUCAUGGUGGCCUGCAUGCAGUUCAUUAACAUCGUGGUGCACUCUGUGGAGAACAUGAACUUCAGGGUGCACCUGCAGUAUGAGUUCACGCAGCACGGCCUGGACUCCUACCUGGAGGAGUUGAAGAGCACAGAGAGUGAGAAGCUGCAGGUGCAGAUCCAGGCCUACCUGGACAAUGUGUUUGACGUGGGGGCCAUGCUGGAGGAUGCCGAGAACAGGGGACCAAUACUGGACCACGUGGAGGAGCUACAGAACCACAACCAACAGCUGAGUGACAGGCUCCAGGAGUAUGAAAAAGAUGCUGGAGAGAAGAUUGCUGAACUGGAGCAGCAACUGAUGCAAGCCACAAAGGAGGCAGCAAUCCUGAAGGAGAGCCUGAAGGAGUCGUGUGCUCAGGUGAGCUCCAUGCAGCAGAGGGAGCGAGAGAAGGAGCUGGAGAGAGAGAGGGAGCGCGAGCGUGAGCGCUUCACCCGACAGUCGGAGCCCAACAGGCCCAGACCCGAGGAGAAGUUGGAGUCGGACUCGGAUACACCGCUGGAGUCGGACUCCAAGCUGAUGGAGUGCCUGAAGGCCCUGGAGGAGCAGGGUCUGCUCCGAUUGGAGCGCCGCGCUUCCGGAACACUGGACAUCCAGGUGGUCCAGGCAGCUGCACCUGCAGUGUCAGAGGCUACCUCCGCUGUGACAGACACUUCGUCUGCGGCCGCCCCUCCGCCUCCUCCUCCUCCUCCUCCACCCCCCCCCCCCUGCCCUGCCGCCCCACCUCCCCCACCUCCUCCACCUCCUCCUCCACCUCCUCCGCCUGGUGGUGCUCCACCUCCUCCUCCGCCACCUCCUCCCCCUGGAGGGCCUCCUCCUCCCCCACCACCACCAGGAGCUCCAGGUCCUCCUCCACCUCCAGGUGCUGCACCUGCUCCAGCUGGUAAGAGCCGUAAACCCAUUCAGACAAAGUUCCGCAUGCCACUCCUGAACUGGCAGGCCCUGAAUCCAAACCAGUUGUCCGGCACUGUGUUCAGUGAGCUGGAUGAUGAGCAGGUCCUUGAGGAAUUGAAUAUGGACUUAUUUGCGGAGCAUUUUAAGACGAAGGCCCAGGGUCCACCUGCAAGCCUUUCCACACUGAAGGUGAAAGUGUCCAAGCAGGCCUCCAGCAAGGUGUCGCUGAUGGAGGGCAACAAAUCCAAGAACCUGGCCAUCACCCUGCGCAAGGGUGGCAUGAGCCCUGGGGACAUCUGUGCAGCCAUAGAGUCGUAUAAUCAGCAGUCCUUGAGUCUAGACUUCCUUGAGCUGUUGGAGAAGUUUGUGCCAUCGGACUACGAGCUGAAGCUGAUGCAGAACUACGAGCGCGAGGGCCGGUCCCUGGAGGACCUUUCCGACGAGGACCAGUUCAUGAUGCGCUUCGGCAAGAUCCCGCGCCUCACCCAGCGCAUCACCACGCUCACCUUCAUGGGCAACUUCCCCGAGAGCCUCAAGCGCCUGCAGCCUCAACUGGACUCUGUUAUUUCUGCCUCCAUAUCUAUCAAGUCCUCCAGCAAAUUGAAGAAGAUGUUAGAGAUAAUCCUGGCCUUUGGAAACUACAUGAACAGCAGUAAGAGGGGAGCUGCCGGAGGCUUCCGUCUGCAGAGUCUGGACCUGCUGCUGGACACCAAGUCCACGGAUCGCUCCCAGACCCUACUGCACUUCAUAGCCAACAUGGUGCAAGAGAAAUACCCUGAGCUGGCCUCCUUCCACACUGACCUCAAGUUUGUGGACAAGGCCGCCCUGGUGUCUCUGGACAGCGUGCUGCAGGAUGUGCGUAAUCUAGAGCGGGGCAUGGAGGUGACCAAGAAGGAGUUCCUGGUGCAGGACGAUAACUUUGUCCUGAAAGAGUUUGUCAAGUUCAACAGUGAGAAACUUGAGGCCCUCAACAAAGAUGGCAAGGCUGCACAGGAGGCGUUUGUGUCGGUGGUGGAGUACUUCGGAGAGAAUCCCAAGACCACACAGCCCUCCCAGUUCUUCUCCCUCUUCCAUCGCUUCUGCAAAGCCUAUCAGGUGGCCCAUCAGGAAAACGAGAAGAGGAAACAGAAGGAGGCUCAGAGCAAUGAGGAGCCAAAAGAGACCCAGCCCUCUCCAGCGAAGAAAGACCAAGGACCAAAGACACCCAUGAUGCCUCAAAUGGACCUUAUCGCUGAGCUGAAGAAGAGACAGGUGAAGCCACAGGUCACGGAUGGGGCCAUCGAUGACAUCAUCACAGACCUGAGAAAUCAGCCAUACAGACGAACAGACGGGCGCAGACCAGCCCAGAGGCCGGACUCCUAAAGUACACGUUCCAACUAGUCCACAGGCCUAGACCAGCCCAGAGGCCGGACUCCUAAAGUACACGUUCCAACUAGUCCACAGGCCUAGGCUGUAGAAGUGUGUAUGCCACCAUGUGUAAUACUGUACAUUAACAAACAUUAAGCUUUUAGUGUCUAGAAGUCACUAAGGGUUUACUGUGCACUUGUUGGCCACUAUGAGGACAUACAGUUAUUAGAUAUCUCAUUUAAUAUGAUAGUCUCAGUUUUGGAAAACCUUUAAGAAAUAAGAUGUUCCAGUUUUCAUUACACUUCAAAUUGUUGAUAUUCUUUCUUUAACUGCUAUAUUUUCUAAUGAGCAAAAGACAAAGCCGGUUUGUGUUCCUUCAGAAUACAGGUGAGCUUUCUUUUGAAACCAUUUUUCAAUUACUUUUCUUUUUUGCUAUCUACAGUAAUACUGUACAACAUAAAUGCAGAGCAGAGGAGAUAGGCUUAGUAUAUUAGAAACUGCUGUAAACAGAAUGCAAGAAAUGCUGCAAUCAUGUAAAUACAUUUUAAAUGAUUAUUUCAGAAUAAAAGUCCUAAACCUGUCAUUAGUAAAUUAA